CAUGCAGAUCUACCACGGCAGCGUCGACACCACCCUCUACCCGCAGAAUUACUACGAGACCGUCAAGCAGUGGGCCGGCGUCUGGGGGUAUACCUACGACGCGCCCCAGGCGACGGAGCCGAGUACCCCCGAGGCGAACUAUGAGACCACGGUGUGGGGACCGGGGUUGCAGGGCAUCUUUGCUACUGGGGUCGGGCACACGGUGCCGAUUCAUGGGGAGAGGGAUAUGGAGUGGUUUGGGUUUGCUUGAUUUUUCUUGGGUUGGGGGGUUGUAGGUUGGUAAAUGGGACUAUUUGUGCUGCUUGAAGAUGAAGGUGGGCUUGAUGCUUUGAUGAUGGUGUGCUGAUUUGAGCUUUGGAAUGAGAGAGCGGACCUGGGUGUUGUUGGGCUAGCGGUGAAAUUUUCUUGAAUAUAUGGUUGUUCUGCUGGGGCGCACGCAUAUAACUGUUUUCUACCAAGAGAAAGGGAAAAGAAAAGACGUUGCUUGGGAGGAAG